CCUGUCUGCAGUCUUUCAAAAAAGCGUGCUAGUGAGGAGUGAGGAAGCGGGGGCGAGUGUGAGGGGGAAACAGGACAGAUACACAGCCUGUCUUUCAGUGCACGCUGAAAUUUGGAUAUCUGAGGGAUUUAUUAAAAGGAUUAGCACAAGUCUGUCUUGUAAUUUCCUGAGUUUAGCUGGUGAGAAGCUUUUCCCAGCAGCCGUCUGUUGGCUGGUGUACAGGCACUCCGUACUGAUCCAUUGCAAUGCAGGUCGAGCUGAGCUGAGCACAGACAGCUCACUCCACUACACUGAGCUGUACCAAGCGACGAGCUGAUCUUAUCUCUUAUUUCUGAAUUAAACAACCAGGAGGACUGGUUCUAGUGACUCUAACAAGCGUCCAGGCUGUCAGCUGUGUUUGCAGGGUGUCUCAAUGGAGAGCUGCGGUCAGGACUCUCCCUGGAGCUGGAAUAGGACAUAAAGGAUCCUGUGAAUUUUUUACAUCUCAAGAAGUCGACGCAAAUCUGAGAUCGAGCCAGAAGUCUCGCUAUGGAUUUCAGCAAACUGGCAGCUUUGUGGAUCGUCUGCUUAUGUUUGCUCGGGGACUGUCGAGCCGACAAGCUCAGUCAAGUUAGCACAGAGCCCCAACAACUCGACAACGAGCUGUGCCGCAUCGACGAGCCCCUGUGCCAAGACGAAAAUGCCAUUCUCAGUUUCGAGGCCAUCCGGAGCAUUCACAAGCAGAUGGACGACGACGCUAACGGAAACGUGGACGUCGCAGAGACGGAUGGGUUCUUGAGAGAGGACCUGAACUACCACGACCCCAAAGCCAAGCACAACAGUUUUCAUGGUGAUGACCAGUUCAUCAGUGUGGAGGACCUGUGGAACGCGUGGAAGAGCUCGAAAGUGUAUAACUGGACAGUGGACGAGGUGGUGGAAUGGCUGGAAGCCUACGUGGAGCUGCCACAGUACGUGGAGGCUUUCCGCAAAAUGAGCUUCAACGGAACAUCCAUGCCUCGUCUGGCUGUGAAGAACUCCACUCUCACAGUGACCGUGCUGAAGAUGCUGGACCGCAGUCACACUCAGAAACUUCAGCUGAAGGCCUUGGACACUGUUCUCUUUGGAGCCCCAAUGAUGAACAGCCACAACCAUUUGAAGGACUUCAUGCUGGUGGUGUCGAUAGUCAUUGGUAUGGGUGGCUGCUGGUUUGCUUACAUCCAGAACCGCUACUCCAAAGAUCACAUGAAGAAGAUGAUGAAAGACCUGGAAGGUUUACAGAGAGCUGAGCAGAGCCUCCAUGACCUCCAGCAAAAGCUGCGAAUCGCCCAGGAGGAGCACCGCACGGUGGAGGUGGAGAAGGUAAACCUGGAGCAGAAACUCAGGGACGAGAUUAACUCUGCCAAGCAGGAGGCUCAGCGGCUGCGGGAGCUGCGGGAGGGAACGGAGAACGAGCUCAGCCGGCAGAAAUACGCCGAGGAAGAGCUGGAACAGGUACGCAUGGCCCUGAAGAAAGCUGAGAAAGAGCUGGAGUCGCGGAGCAGCUGGUCUCCGCCUGAAGCUCUGCAGAAAUGGCUGCAGCUCACACACGAGGUGGAGGUGCAGUACUACAACAUCAAGAAGCAGAACGCCGAGAAACAGCUGCUAGUCGCCAAAGAGGGGGCGGAGAAAAUAAAAAAGAAGAGGAACACGCUGUUCGGGACGUUUCACGUGGCACACAGCUCCUCACUAGAUGAUGUGGAUCACAAAAUCCUGGCCGCUAAGCAGGCUCUGGCAGAGGUAACAGCUGCUUUGCGAGAGCGGCUGCACCGGUGGCAGCAGAUCGAGAUGCUGACAGGUUUCACAGUCGUGAAUAAUCCGGGUCUGCCCUCGCUGGCCUCCGCCCUCAACCUCGACCCCAGCUUCAUGGGCGGCCGCGCCACGCCGCAGCCCUUUAUCAUGUCGGAAGACAUGGACGACAUGGACGAGGACAUCGUGGCACCCGGACCUCUGCAAUCUCCCAGUAUGAUGUCUCUUCGCCAGAGGCACAUUGACCCGCAGCUGGCCAUGGGCUCUCAGAGGUUGGUAGAGAGCAGCCACGCAGCCGGAGGGCAUCAGGGGGAGGGCAGUUCCUACCCGCCGCCAUGGCCCAGGCCCAACCUGCGCCAGUCUCACGGGCAGGUUGACACGCUGGGCCUCGCUGUCUCGCACCCCUCCAUUUUCUGCGCCUCUUCUCCUCACUAUUCCCCCUCCUCCUCCUCCUCCUUCUCGUCUUCUGCUCCUCAUUCCUCCUUCUAUCACUCGUCUUUCCAGCCAAUGGACCCCAUCCCAGACUCUCCCCCUCGUCGCAGUAGAAGCUAUGGGGAUUUGAAUCGCUCCGAUUCGGACUCCUCCCUGUCCGUAUCUCAGACCAGCGAACAGCUGCGCCUGUCAUUGAGCUCCAAGACUCCUCCCAUGAAGCCCACGUCUCUCCUCCACGGUUCCUACUCGCGCUCCGAGGAGUCUGCUCCCUUCCACACCCCCAACGGAGGAAACAGAGUCGCUGACUCGGGUGGCUCUCCUGACGGAGGCUCCGACAGCCCCAUCCUGAUGAAAAAGAUCUACGGCAUGGGGAAGUCAGCAAGCAUGAGCGAGAUCCACGGCUCCAUGUCGGAAUCGUCACGCUCCUUAAGCCCGAACUCGACCGAGCCGGACACGCCGUCUCCUACAGCGCUUCCUGGGAUAGCGGCGAUGAAGAGCGGGAGCCGCCUCCCUCAGAUCUCGUCGAAGAAAAGCCCGCUGGAGGAAGACAGCGGCUCCACAGGCGAAGACACUGACUCCACGAGCCGCAAGAAACACACCCCGUUCAAGAUCUUCAAGAAGCAGAAGAAGUAAUGAGGGUUUAGAUACACACUGCUCAAAAGGAUGCAUCUGUACUCCAUUAUUACAAUGGAUGUCCCGAUUAUUUAUGUAGUGGCACACGCAAAUGCCUUGGCGAGGAUUUUGUAGGUACUUCUCAUAGGGGACUUCAGGAGGUGUUCUUGUUAUUUUUAUUCCUCUCUUUCUCAGUCGUUUUGUUUUUCUUCAGAGGAUUUAACUCCAGGAUGUCAGUGGGACGUGGGAAUGUAAAGUUAUUUAUUCUACAGCAGGCAAUGCCACAUUGUUUCUCCCCAGACUCUUGCUGUUCUCCUUGUACCCUCCUGAUCGGCUUGCAUGUCUUGGCUGAAAUUUUCGAAUGCUCUUAAGUGUUUGCUUGGUUCUCGUUUCCUGCAGCUUGAACACACAUUAUCAGGUGUUCUCUUUCUGAUAGCCCACUUUGUGUUUUUGUUGUUUUGUUCUUUUGUCCUGGGAAAUUUUAAUUAAUGGACGUUUUAAAGCAGUGUGUGUGAUCAGUGCUAGUCAUAGGCCAGGGGAGCAAAAAAAUAAAAUAAUAAGAUAAGGGCUGAAUCAUGUUUGUGAAAUCCUCCUUAAAUCUGUUGCACUACUGCUGAAUGUUAGCGAAUUGGUUUUGCAGUAAUUAAAAGAGUACCUCUUAUGUCAGGGGUUUCCGAGUCGUGGAAUAGAGACGGAUAUGAAAAGUGUAAAUGGUCUUGAUCAUUCCAGCUCAUCUUAAAGGACCAUGUGCGCUGUGGGUUGUGCUUAAAUGCACCACAUGACUGUGCUUGGUAGUGAUUUGUGAUUUUUCUCUACCGUGGAUUGAAAGAGGUUUUGGACUGUCGAUUAUUUUUGACAGUCUAAAUGAGUGUUAAAGCUGAAUCCAUGCCUUGUAGACUAGAUCUAAAUAUAUCCCUAAAGUGUCUUGUACUUUGACGCCGGCCAUCUAAAGGCAGAGAAACUAACAUUGUUAAAAAUAUUAAAGUUCCACCUUAUGUAUUUAAAAACGACAAAGUGCCAAACCAAAGAUGGACUCCACCAAAUUAUAUAGUUGGUUAAAACUGGUGUGAUUAUAAGUUAGUCUGAUUCUAAUAGCUCUAAGUCAGAGGUUUUCUCAACACUUUGCUUAAACUUGGUGUUCAUAAGGCUGUGUAGCACCUAUGUAAUCCCUGUGACAACUGAAACAAACUUAGAUUUAUACAUCAUUUAUAAAAGCUAACUCCAACAGGUGUCUCCUGGUAUAACGUUUGGUAUCGUCUGUUAUCAAGCUUGUGUAUUGUUGACAUUAUUAGAGAUAAGCUGUUAUAAAGAUGAUAAAGUUGUCACGAAACUUUGACUUUAGUAACAUUGACACAAGAAAGCACUGGCUGUCUCAAAGCUGAGUUAGUUAGUGAGAUGUUAGCUGUCAUAAAGAUGAUAAAGUUGACAUAAGGUAUCCGCUGUUAUGAACUUGACAUUGAGGUGUCGUCUGUCAUAAAGUUGACAUAAUGGGAGGUGAGCUAUUGUAAAGAAGAAAGGUGACAUUAGGUGUCACUGCUAUAAAGUUGACUUAAUGAGGUGUCAGCUGUUGUAAUGUUGACAACGCUGACAUAACAAGGUAUUAACUGCUUAUAAAGAUGACAGUGUGACAUAAGGUGUCAUGUGUUAUAAAGUUGACACACUGUAGAGAAGUUGACAUAACCAGGUGCCUCUGUUAUGAAGUUGACAGGGAGGUGUUGGCUGUUAUAGAGAUGACAUAACACACAAAACAAGUUACGUCGAUGACGUACAUUUGUUGACAUAAACCUGUUAUGCCAUUCAUGUUAUGACUCUGUAGCUCUGUGUACGUCUGUUAUGGCAUACACAUGAUGCUAUGUCAAGUGAGGUUAAGUGAAUCUCAUAUUUCUGCUUAGAUGAUGUUUAUGAAUAGUUGACGUAAGGGCAUUGACAUAAGACUGUAAUGACUGGAUUACGAAUAUUUUCUCUGUCACUUAAGUAAGUUUAUUUACAUUCUUACUUAUAUAUAUUUUUUUUAAUUAGAGUUUUGAUCUUUGACAUCAGUCAGUUGUUAUAACAGUCCAAAGUCAGCCACGACACUCCAAUUCACAUGACUUGGGUGUCAGUCAGACUGACAGCAGAAUUGACUAAGCUGCUCUUUAUGACAGCUGAUAUCAGUUGGAAGAAGCCUUCAUAAAUGUUUUUUUAGGGUUUAUUUAUUUAGUUGUUAUGAAAGGCCUACGUAGGUUUUAUAUAUCUCUAUGAACACCAUCCUUAAGUCAAGUGUUCCCAAGGUUUGUUUACAUGAAAUCCUGUUUAAAAAAAUUGCCAGCUGAUGCAGAUUUUUAAAUUGUGAUUGUUUAUAGUUCUCCUUUACCAUGUCUAGUGUCUACAUGUCUCUGAGCUCAUCACCGAGGCAGCUUCAAGGAGGACUAGAAAUGAUUUUGAUGCUAAAUUCAGUUCUCAGCUCUGGCACACGGAACAUCGGCACUAUGCAGUUUUUUUCCCCCGCAGAACCCUAGACAUUUUACUGACCGCUAUAUUGUUCACAUAUUUGUUUCCCCCGAGUCCUGGACUAACCAAAGCAAGCGCUGCACGAGACACCAGCUUCUCAGCCGUGGACUUCUUGGUGGAAAACAGGAACUUUUUUUUUUUUUUCUCCCAACUGUGAAAGAUGGUACGGUUGUAAAAGUCUACAUAACAAAUGUAUAUCAGUCUAAAACAGGAAUGCACUCUUGAUCAAAUGUGUCCAUGCAUCAUUUGUACCUCUUUGCACGAAGAAGCUGUAAAAUGACUUUCUGCUGUUGGUGAGUGAGCGAGUGUGUGUACGUGUGCGUCUCAUUUCAGUAAACAGCACUUCAUUUCUGCAUUGAUGCAUGUUACGUACCUGCUGCAAUACCGGUUCACAGACACGAGGAGCGUUCCCGACUCCUGGUUACACCCCAGCGAUUUCCUACUUUAAUGUCUCCCUUUGAGCUUCUAUUUAUGGUUAUAUACAUUUGUACAGAAAGCAAAGGCGGGGGAAUAUUUUGCAUCAUCUGUAGUGUUGAGGACUGUAGUCCAGGUCUUGGGAAUUUUAUGGCACUCAUGCAUGAAAGCAAUAAACGGUUUUAAAGAAAAA